AUGGGCGCGGAAGCUCUACCCGACGCCCUUCUAGGGGAACUUCACCCCCCACCUGCUGGUCGGGACCGCUCCUCACCUGGCAAUGUCCCUGUGAUGGGAAAGGAGGCCUUGAGCAGCCCCGCCCAGCACAAGACCCGCAUCUCCAGGGGGAAGGGACCAGCAAGGACAAGCAGCAAAGCCUCUCCAGACACCAUUCUGCUGGACACGCCCACCCGGGAAGGCCGUGUGGGCCCAGGAGGGGCAGACUCCACCCUGCGAUCAGCUCGCAGGUCAGGGGUCAGCCUGCCCUGGACGCGUCCCCCACAGGCGCCCGCGCGGCCCGGCUGUGAGUGGAGGCAGGAGCCGCGCACACCUCCGGGCUGUGCCGUGACGACGGCGCUCAGGCCCGGGGAGCAGCCAGCAGCCAAGUCUACCCCCCGCGUGAGGCGGCGACCGGGCGGGGGUCGGAACCCACUGCGCUCCCAGCGGCACCUUCUGCAAACGGGGCCUCCACAGAGUUCCUUCUGCACAGCAGGGCCCGGCGCCGGGCACGAGUCCACUCCGCCCGGAAGCGGGAGGGACCCUCCCCGGCGGCCUGACCUGGCGUCCCCGUCCCCCGUCGGGCUCCCGGUCCCGGAGGAAACCUCGCCGUCGGGCCUGCGGGCAGGUGCCCGCCCCGGCGGAGCGUCCAAGCGUCUGUUACAUAAGGAGACCCGCGGGCGCGACCAGGGCGCCCGGCCGGCUCGGCUCGGCCCGCUCUCGCGCCGGUCCCGCCCCGCAGAGGCCGCCCCCGCGCCGCCCCAGCCGGAGGCCUGCAGGGCGGGCGGGCCCGGAACCAGCCCGCAGCGAGCCCGGCCCCCGCCCCGGCCGCCCCGAUCCCCGGCCGCCCCGAUCCCCGGCCGCCCCGAUCCCCGGCCUCCCCGACCCCCGGCCGCCCCGACCCCCGGCUUCCACGACCCCCGGCCCACACCCGGCCACCCGCGCCCCGCCACCCCGGCCCGGCCUCGGCCCCACGACCCCGAUCCCGCAGCCGGGCCUCCCAGCGGCCGGGCCUCGCCGCCACCCCGGCUUCGCGCCCUGCGGCCGCCGCCCGCGGACAAUGCGCCGCCGCCGCGGCCUCCAACAUGGCGGCGGCCCGCACCGGCGGCCGGGGCCCGCGAGGCGGCGGCGGCGACCCAGCCCGGCCCCCCCACUCACCUUCGGGGCCGCGGGAGCCGGCGGGCGGGCGCGGGGGCCGGCGCGGCCGAGGCGGCGCUAAUGGCGCCCGCGGCUCCUCCGCCAACGGCCGCGCAGGCCCGGCGCCGCCGCUCUGGGAAGGAGGGCCACUCCAGGCAGGAGCCCCGGAGGCAAACAGCGGGACACCUCGCACUCUACAGCGGGAGCCUGCAGUGCUGCCUCUCACAGCAAAAGCUUUCUAGGAGGCUCUCGAGCCACAUGCGGCUCUUUGGCCCCUUGAGUGUGGAGGAGCAGCCGUCGGCACCGCCGGGGCUGGAGGCCCGCGGCCCGCACCCGCCACCGCCAGGCUCUACCGGGGGCCGCUCAGGAGCCGCCGCCCGGGGCCUCGCUGGUGCCGCCGCCUCCGCGUGGGCUCCUUCAGUCCCAGCCCCAGCGGACGAGGCGCGCACGGAGCACCUGCUCCCGAGAGGGACAGGCUCGGACCCCCCGCACGUGGCCGCCACCGCCUCGGAGCGCGGGGGCAGGAAGCACGACACCGGGCGCGUUUCCGGGCGAGCCGGCCUCGGGGCGCGGCGGCACCGGGCGGAGGGCACGCGGGGCAGGUCUCCGCGGCUGGGCUUCGCGUCCCCAAGGCUCAGGCGCCCCAAGACCGCCGGCUGGGUGCGGGCCCGCAGCCGGACACGCCAAAGGGCCGCGGCGGGCGCACCCGCACGCACCUGCCGGCCUGGCCCAGCGCCCAAUUGCCCCGCCAGGGGCGGUCCUCGCAGCUGCGGGAACAUUGCAGACUGCGCCUGCGCGGCGGUCCUGCCCGCGGGACGGAGCCAGCCGGACGCGAGCGGGGGCGGGGCUGGAGCGCUUGGUCUGCGCCUGCGCGCCCCCCCGCCCCCGGCCCGGCCCCGGCUGACAGCGGGCGGGCGCGGAGCCCGCCGGACGGACGGCCGCCCCGAGGCGCGGGCCGGGGAGCGGGCGGGUGUGGACGCAGCCCCUGAGGAGGUCCGAGUUGGAGCCGACCGGCCGCCGCCGGGCACGGACGCCGGGUGGCCUUUCGGACCGCAGGGCGCGGACAGGCGCCUUCGCAGAGGUGCCCCGGGGGUGCCGCCGUGA